UCCCACAAAGGUUUGUAAGGCUUGGGCACAUUGACUUGCUGCUACUGGGACGCAAAUCUCACCUUCUUAUCUGUCGCCUCCAAACAAAGCAGUGGCAGUAGACUGACAUGCAUACCUUUGAGCUGCUGCAGGUGGAAUGAUGCACACGUCACACUGCUUCUUAUUCACCUGUUAGACAAGUAUCUGGGAAAGUUACCAGACUGGUUUGCACCACUUAGUCAGAGGGAGGCGAGGGAAAGAAAAUAAAGGAGCUUUAUAGGGAGAGGACGGUUUUGGAAGUGUCAGCUCCCCCUGUUGCUUUGUUUAGUACGCUCCAGGAACUGCUAUCGGAGUCAGAAAGUUGGGAGCUGCUUGUGGAGUGAAAAAGGAAGGAACAGUUCAGGCAUGGGUGGUGUGUGUGUCACUGCUUCAUGUUUGCGUCUCACUGGAUGACAUGUUGGUAACAUUUGCCAGGGCAGCAAUUUGGAAUCAUGUCUGCACAGUUAACUCUAAAAGAAAUGAUGGACGAGGAAGCCGAGGAUUUAUUCAGAGAAACGAUGGACGAGCAAGCCGAGGAUUUAUUCAGAGAUGUGGAGAGUGAUGCAUUUGUCAAUGAGAGCCAUGGAGGGACUGCUUUCCAGCAAAACUUCAGUGCCUGGCCUGGUGCAUUCCAAGUUGCCUGGCCACUUACCAAUCAUCAGGAUUUGGCAAGUGAAACACAAGACAAUGGGAAUAACAGUGGCGGUGAUGAUAUUGAUAUCUCCCUCUGUGAUUCCCAGCAGCAAGGCCGCAGUCGCACGUCAUCGCUAGUAAAUGGGCUACUUACAGAGCUCUAUGAUACUUAUCGUGGUGGGGCAGGCUCUUGUUAUUUUCGCCAACAGGAUAGUGUGGACAGCUCAACUGAAGCAUCUGGAUCUGAUGCCUUCCUGGGCAGGAGCAACCCCGAGUCUGGAUUCCUGCAAGAGCUUAGUGAACGGCAGAGCAGCAGGCACCAGAUGCAGUACCUGAGGCAGAAAGAACCCAAUGAGUUAAAAGCCAUAAAGGAAGAACUUAAUCACCGCAUUGCAAUUCAGUCGGCAAAACUGCUGCGUCAAGUGAAGCAAAAGGAUAGACUUCAGCACAAAUUGCAAAAGAAUUGUGACAUUGUUACUGCAUGUCUGCAAGCUGUAUCACAAAAACGCCGAGUGGACACCAAAUUGAAGUUUACUCUUGAGCCAUCUCUGGGUCAGAAUGGAUUUCAGCAGUGGUAUGAUGCUCUCAAAGCUGUGGCCAGAUUGCCAACUGGGAUACCAAAGGAAUGGAGGAAGAGAGUAUGGCUCAAUCUGGCCGAUCACUAUUUACACAGCAUUUCAAUUGACUGGGAUAAAACAAUGCGCUUCACAUUUAAUGACCGGAGUAAUCCAGAUGAUGACUCAAUGGGAAUACAAAUUGUAAAGGAUCUUCACAGAACAGGCUGUAGCUCUUAUUGUGGACAAGAGGCUGAACAGGAUCGAGUGGUACUGAAACGAGUGUUGCUUGCCUAUGCUAGGUGGAACAAAACCAUUGGAUACUGCCAAGGAUUUAAUAUACUGGCAGCACUUAUACUUGAGGUCAUGGAAGGGAAUGAAGGAGAUGCUUUAAAGGUAAUGAUUUACCUCAUAGACAAAGUGCUACCAGAUAGCUAUUUUGCAAACAAUCUGCGAGCAUUAUCGGUGGAUAUGGCUGUGUUUAGGGAUCUCUUGACAAUGAAACUGCCUGAACUGUCCCAGCACCUGGAUGUGCUUCAGAGGACUGCAAACAAAGAAAGCGGAGGAGGUUAUGAGCCCCCUCUUACAAAUGUCUUUACCAUGCAGUGGUUUUUGACACUGUUUGCAACCUGCCUUCCUAACCACACUGUUCUGAAGAUUUGGGAUUCUGUGUUCUUUGAAGGUUCUGAGAUCCUUUUGCGAGUAUCUCUUGCUAUCUGGGCCAAAUUAGGAGAGCAGAUGGAGUGCUGUCAGAAUUCAGAUGAUUUCUAUAGUACCAUGGGAAGACUGACUCAGGAGAUGCUCGAAGACAGUCUUAUAGACAGCAAUGAUCUAAUGCAGACUGUUUACUCGAUGGCCCAGUUUCCCUUCCCACAGUUGGCAGAACUGAGAGAAAAAUACACAUAUAAUAUAACACCUUUCCCAGCACCUGUUAAGUCAGCUUCAUUUUCUGGACGGACAAUCAAAAUGCGAGACAGUGAUGAAGAAAAUGAAAUCGAUGAAGAUGAUUUCAAUGCUAAUUCUGUUGGUUGCCUUGGACCAUUCAGUGGUUUUCUGGCUCCAGAACUACAGAAAUACCAGAAGCAAAUCAAAGAUCAAAAAGAAGACCAGAGCCUGAAAGCUAGCAAUAUUGCUGAACUGAGUCCAGGAGCAAUUGAUUCCUGCCGGAGUGAAUAUCACGCAGUGUUCAAUAGCAUGAUGAUGGAGCGCAUGACCACCGAUAUCAAUGCUCUUAAGCAGCAGUACUCCAGGAUUAAGAAAAGACAACUUCAGCAAAUUAACCAAGUGUUCAUUGCAGCAGGGCAUGAAGAAGAAAAAGCCUCUGGGAUCCCAUUAGAUCCCAGGCAUCAGCCAAAUACUGACAAAGGUCCAGUGAGCUGUAUUCUGCCAUCUCAGGUUAAUCAUUCUCCGGUCAUUAAUCAUUUAUUACUUGGUAAGAAACUGAAGCAAGUAAACCGGUCUAAAAAUAUAGUCCAUUUGCCAGCAUCCAAAUCAUCCCUCCUGGCCAAUGAAGAAACCAAAGCUAAGCAGAACUCUCCCUGGCGUACCCAUAUAAGAGUUCAUCGAAAAAACAUUGCAAGGGCCAAAGGAGAGCUUGGCCAUGGGGACACCAUAGGACUUAUAGAGGAGCAGAACGAGGUCCCCAAAGAUCAAACUGAUAACUCAAAGGAAACUGAGGAAAAUGCACAGCCUCCUUGCUCCUUGGCAGGGGAAGAAACCAGCUUGGACAGAACUGUUAUGAAGGUUGAUGGCCACUCUCCAGAGCCUGUUUACCAGGAUGAAAAUGCAAAUGUAACUGUUGUGCAGAGCAAGCUGGAGGCACUGGAGCUGAGCCCAGAUGCUAAAACAGAAGUCAGUUUGGAAAUGAGUCAGACAUUCCAGGAGUCGCAAUCUGAUUGCCAUAGUUCCUCUAGUGAAUGUGAAUCUUUCAAAAAAUCUCCCAAGGUGCAAGUAUUUAGCCCUUUCCCAAAUGUCAAACCACUUAGAAAAUCUGCCACAGCCAGAAAUUUGGGGUUGUAUGGGCCAAACGGUAGAACCCCAACGGUUCACUUCCCACAUAUGAGCAAAACCUUCAACAAAGCUGCAAAUGGUACCACUGGUAGCAAGAAGCGGUAACAUGGUGCUAGUUUUGUAUGUUUAGCAGAGACACUGUUCUUUUCCUUCAUAGGCCUGAAGCCUUUGUUGUUUCAUCCAUUUCAUGGCAAAGUUUGGUGUUUUCAGUGGUGCAGAGUCGUGGUUCUUUGUUAUCCACCUAUGGGCUAUGGGACUUGUGGGUGAUAUUUAAUAUAGGUUGCAUCUCUGAAAGAUAAUUGUUGAAACAUACAUCAGAUACUUUUCUCAAAAAUACAGUCCGUGCGGAUCAUGUAUAUUAUUGGGUUGAACUUUGUAUUUUUUUCUUGGUACAGUCCAUCUACUAUUUAUGGCACAUUUCAACUUUAAAAUGGACUUUAUUUAGAUUUUUCAAAUGUAUGAACAUGCUAAAGGAGCACUGCUGCAGGAACUGCUUGCUAUUAUAAUAGACAGCAUGUUAGAGCACAAAAAUGUAUGGCAUCAGAGGCCUGGAAGUUUUAUUCCCCGCCUGGCCAGUAUAUAUCCAAGUUCUUAUACAAUACUAGACAAUGUUUCAUACACACAUCCUUGCCACACAGUAAGCUGUAAAUUCUCCGAGCAUGCACAACACUGCAAAGCUUUUCUACAUUUAAAACAAAGAAACUGACCAAUUGUAGCUGAAAAUCCUGUUCAUUGUCAUGAACUUGCUCUAUAUGUUUGGUUUUGUGCUCCUUUCAGUUAUUAAUAAUACAGACAUACAGUACAUGAUGAUGCCAGUCAACUGUAUGUCUGUGUAUAUACUCCAGUUGUUGCCAACAAUGUAAUAGACACACAAAAGCCAUAUACACAUUUUCUUUAUCUGUUCUACUACAAACCUAUUACACAAACAGAAAGUAAUGAACAUUUUUGGAGACCUGUAUUUCUGUGGAUUUUCCCCAGAGGAAAACAUGAUAUAAUAUUUCAAUAUUGCACCUUGAUUGAGGAGUAAAAUAUUCUUAUUGUUAUAUUACAUGCUGUUUAAUUUACAGUGAUACAGAUACUGAUUUAGGAUGCUCAUGUCCUUUGAUUUCAUAAUGAUGAGUUUUGGAAACCUUUAUUGAAAUGUGUUUCCUGGGACAUCAUGAGCGCUAUCAUGUGUCUUGAACCAUGCUGAGCUUGGAACGUGCCAUUAUUUAUUUCAGGCGCAAUAGGUAGGGUUGCACACUGCUGCAUAUGGGAAUGAUUGCCUCAGUUCUGCAUGCAUUUUUUUUGCAUCUUGUGCUUCUGUGUUCUGGCAUAUUUUUGGAAAGAGACUUCUAGAAUGCAGAUAAUAUGUUCUUAGUUAUCUUGAGUCUGUAUCCACUUACAAACUUACUUUCCUGCAGGUGCAAUUUCAUUACCUGUCUCCACCACUGUGUAUCCUCCGUCCUGUCAUAAUCAUAGUGCCAAAAUGCAUGGUGGAAACGAAAUAUGGUGAUCUAUGUCACAGCUUAUGUUUUUGUCUGGCCAGGCACCACUUGGUAAUAAAGUACCUAAGCAUC